AUGGAAAGCAUCAUGCCAGCAAUGUGCAUGCGCGUCCCAGAGUUCAAGGCUGUGAAGGAGCAGGCUAGAAGCGCAGCUGCCUAUGUGGUGCAACGCCAUUACUCAGAGGAUGGCGUUGGGCCCAAAGCUGCCCACAGAACUCAAGCAGAAAAAAAGCGACAAGGACUGGUCAGCAUUGAUGCAGCUGUGAUCAAGGGGAAGGCUCGCUUGCAUGGAGAAAGGUCGCGGAACAAAAAUUAUCGCCAGAUGGACAAGUCCGUGCUCCUAGCAAAUGCUCGCGGACUGAAGGAGACGAAGGUUGGCGACAGCAGCUGGUGGAGCCUUUGCAACUGUGCAGCUGAGAGCAGCUUGGUGCAAUCGGUGCAAGUGACUACCUCACUGGCAAGGUCACUGGAAGAGCAGCAAGAGCUAGAAGCUCAUGGCUGGGGUGGAGCAAGUUGUCACCGAGCUCCAUGGAUUCACACGAGUCUGUGCCCAGACACUUCAGAAGCUGGGCGAGAAAGAGAAGGAGAAGGACGGCAGCAAAGCUUCUCGCACCUUGGUGAAGCCCGAUGGAUGGUGGAUGAAGAGCAAUCCACAUGGCCUAAAUGGUCUUUCCUCUUCAAGAGCUACUUGGCCUUCAUUGAGGAGGGGUUCGUGAACGACCUGGAGCGCGUGGAGAAGGACUUGGAGCAGGACCUCAAACUCACAGAGUACAAGGAGGAAGUUCAGAAGAGAGCAAAGAAGCUGUAUGCCUACUUGGUGAGCUUUGUGCGGAGUGUCACAGACACUGAUGGCUUUAGAGCAUGGCAAGGGCUUUGUCGGGAGCUUCAGCCCAAGACAAGGCAAAGAGAGCUUGGCAUCAUCCAAGCCGUGGUGGCCUUUCCGCAGUUUGAGAAGGGCAAGAUCCUUGGAGGGAUCAUGAAGUACGAGAAGCUGGUCGGCGAGUGUGAGCGGCUGGCUGGAAGCUCCUUGGACGAGAACUUGAAGAGUCAUGCGCUGGCGCUUGCUAUGCGCAGGAGAUCAUGGAGGAAAUGGUGGCGGGCAACCUUCUGGACCCCCCCGCCAGAACUACAUCGUCUUCGGCGAGCGCGGCAGAGAAGGAUUUGGGAGAUCAAGACACCUCCCAUGUUGGAGAGCGACUUGGCCGAGGAAGGCGAGAUGCACCUUCGUUUGCUGGUGGCAUUCAAGAAGUGGCUUUGGACGCAAGAAGAGUUUGUUGAGGUGGACGAGUACCCUUUGGUGGACCUCAAGGACUGGGGCGAGUUUGACCAGGUGAACCUGCAGCAGGAACCUGAAGGAGCAGGAAUUUUAGAUGUGUCUGGCGAGAUGCUGGAGAACGUGGACUCUGGGCAGUUGAUGUCAAGGAGAAAGUCUAUGUGGAAUGCAAUGGAGAGUUCUUCGAACUCGGACAAUGCCUUACCAAGGCAUGGUAUGACCACUUGGGCAAAGUGGCACACGACCAAGGGCUACAACCAUACCCUGCUGACCCAGCAGUCUUCUACGUCGCGCGUUGAUGACCUACAGCUGGUUGGAAGUCAACAUGACGUUGAGAAACUCCUUGACAGUUUCAGAAACAGGAAUGGACACCUCAAGUACAAGGACCCUGCUCACCUAAGGUUGCGCGGCGCAUUCCUCAAGAGGCAUUUUGCUUCAGUUGGAUCUGGUCCCAUGACUGUUCGAAUGGACCAGAAGUAUGUGAAGAAGUUGGCGGACUUGUUGGACCUGCACGCGAACAAAGGCAAGCUGACGCCUACAACUGGAACCUUUCAGAAAAGACUUCAAGGACAACCGCUUUCAAGGGAAGAAUCGAGACUCUGCAAGACUUGUGUUGGCGUUUUGCUCUACAUGUCAACUAAGAGGCCAGACAUCCAAUGCGCAGUUCGACAGCUAGCUUCUAAAGUCACAGGACCAGACGCCCUGGACAAGAAGGAGUUGAAGGAGCGAAGUCUUCACGGACAGCGAUUGGGCCGCAGACAGAACUUCAAGGAGAUCUAUGUCACGCAGCCACAUGUACCUCAACGGCAGUUUCUUUUGGAGUGCAUCUCGAAGCCAAAAGCGCAUAUGAUAGCUUUGUCAAGCUGUCAAGGUGAACUCAUUUCAGCAGAUUCAGCAGUCAGUGGCAUGGCUGAUGGAAUCUACAUCAAAAGGAUGUUGGAAGCUGUGCUGAACAUGAAGGUGGUCUUGGAGCUGAGGAUUGACAGUUGCGACUUGGCGCUGAUUGUGCUCAAUGCAGCUUCUGUUGGAGCAUGGUCUCUCCUGACUGAGAUGGGCUACCAGUUACUUCAGACUGGAAUGAUGAUGGUGGCGUUCAAUGCGCUGGUCUUCAUCCUGUUCUGCCUCAGGGACUACUUCAGAUCCUCGUCCUGGUCAAGAACAAGAUUCAACAUCUUCGGAGAAUCUGCCGAGAUGGAGAGCUAUGGGAUGAACCUGAUGGAGGAGAUGUCAAUCACCUACUUCUUGAAGGAGACGCAGGUGACAGAUGCAGUUGAGAAGUUUGAGGGCAAGCAGGAAUACUUUGUGGAAAAUCCCAACUGGGGAAGAGAUGGUGGACAGUGGCUUCAUCGCAGGCUUUGCUACGAGCCUGAGCAAGAAGAGGAGAUCCCUGAGAGUGGAACCCGAUUCCUCAAUGGAGAGGAUGAUAAGCAUCGGCAGUGGUACCAUUUUGAUGCCGAGAAGAAGACCUUAGGGCAUCUUGCCAAGGCGAAGGGGAAGCGCGAGCGCAAGGCGGCGCUGACCACAUCGAGGCUGGAAGAGAUUUCACGCACAAACGUCAAAGAGAUCCCUGCAUCUUUUGUCAACGACCUCGACGACGUCAAGGGUAUGCGGACGGCCAUUGUGUCCGCUACACCCUUCAAAUGCUUGCAGUUGGACCGAGGUUACCUCGUUCACGACGAGGCCCUGCGCAUUCCUGACGUGCAAUUCGAAGAGGUGAUCCAAGUCCCAAUCUUCGAUGGCAACCAGCAUGGCGGACACUACGUGGCGCUGCUGCGCCGCGAAGGGCAAUGGAUUGAGAAGAACGACGGUCAACAGCCGAUCUACUUCGACCUGCCGCAGUACAUCUGGAAGGCGUGCAGCUGUGGUGCUCUUCAUGUGCUUCAUGUGCCUGAGCGAGGCUCCUCCGAUGUCCUGGACUUGGCCCUUGUCAUUGACACGUUCCUCGUCCUCUUCCAUUACCAGAUUGGCUGGCGCUGUGACCGAUAUCCGGUGGUGAACCUUCAGAAUGGCUUCGACAUUGGCCCUGAUUCCCAAGCCAACAGCAAUGUCAGUGAGUGGAAUCCUGAGUUCACUUUGGCUGUUGAGGAGGACAGCAGCCCCAGCGGAUCUAAGAGCCCAGGGUCGAGAUUGAUCCCCAUUGAGGCGUUGGCGCAACAGCAACUUGCAGAGUUGAGGAUUAGGUGGCAAGCAUCCGAGAUGAGGCUUCGAGGUUGGCAGCGACAGAACGGGCGGGUUGAGGAGGUGCAGGAGCAGGAGCAGUUGUUGCUGUUGCGGGGGGGGCCGGCGGUGGCUGCGGCGACUGGGGCCAAGGAGUUUGACCUUGGGUGGAAGAUCAAUGGACCUAGAACUGCCAAGUGGUGUCUGAGCUACCUCUCUCUGUUGAAGGACUGGGAUUGGAAGGGCAUCACGAGCGUUUUCGACAGGCUGCAAACUGUCGAGUACUCGCGUGCAGAGCGUGCCCGUGAUGCAGAAUCGAAGGCUAUGGGCUUGUCUUCAAAACUGGCGCUGGAGGAACAAUUUGUCUUCGGCUCAUUGGUGAGGACGGCUGGGACUUUCAUGGUGUGCCCUACAUUGCUGCAGCAUGUAAAGGAGGAGACAGAAAGAGAAGUCCUGUUGGCCAAAAACCUUUGCAAGGCCAAGGAGGAGAGGGAGCUCGCAGCACCUUGGCGGGUCGUCGGUCGAUAUCGUUGGAAGCGACAGGAGGGAUGGUGCGGCCGCCUGGGGCGUGGCAUUGGUCAGUACAAUUCGAUCUGCGUUCUUUUGUGGGACAUUACAUUAGGUCGGCCCAGAGAUGAAGCGAAGGUGAAGAUAGGCAAUGCUUUCACGAGAUUUUCUGCAUGGCUCCUACGACUAGCUUUGUUUUUCCAAGUUUUUGCUACCAUGGAGAAUCCUCGCAAGUCCAGGAUUUGGCUUUGUGGUCCUUUAGCUGCUGUGAUGCGAAAGAAGUAUGUUUUUUUGGCAAGUUACCGGGGCAAACCGUUCCGGAAGGCAACCGCCUUUGUGCCAGUGAACUUUGAGCUCAAACGGCUCAAUGACACACUGUGCAAGGGUGGAAAGCGGGGAAUUUGUUUAUACGCACAGAAGCCUCGCAUACACCUGCGCGGUCGCGACCACAAUGGUCAUUGGCUCACUCGAACAGCACAACCUUACCCAGUUCGGAUGUGCAAUGCAAUUGCCAAGGAUUUUUACGAUGCUCGCUGCGCUCGUAGAGCAAGCAACUUUGAGAAAUCCCUGACGUGA